AUGGAGCGGGGGCUGUGCGUCUUCGGGGACCCCAAGGUAGAGCUUCACGUCCACCUGGAUGGAGCCAUUAGACCAGAAACAAUCUUGCACUUCGGCAGGAAAAGAGGGGUUCCGCUCCCUGGCAGCACUGUUGAUGACCUCCUGCAGCAUGUCAGCUACAAAACACCACUGACACUUACCCAAUUUCUAGAAAAGUUUAAUCACUACAUGCCUGCCAUUGCGGGUGACCGUGAGGCGGUGAGGAGGAUCGCCUAUGAGCUUGUGGAAACGAAAGCAAAAGAAGGCGUCAUCUAUGUGGAGGUCCGGUACAGCCCUCACCUCCUGGCCAACUGCCGCGUGGAUCCCAUCCCCUGGGGCCAAACCGAGGGAGACCUCACUCCAGAUGAAGUCGUUAACCUCGUAAAUCAGGGACUACAGGAUGGAGAAAGGGAUUUCCGCAUCAAAGCCAGGUCUAUUCUAUGCUGCAUGCGCCAUAUGCCAAGCUGGUCUCCAGAGGUGGUGGAGCUCUGCAAGAAGUAUCAAAACAACUCUGUGGUGGCUAUCGACCUGGCUGGGGAUGAGUCCCUGAAGGUGGAGAAUUCCUCUGAGCAUAAGAAGGCUUACGAGGAAGCUGAAAGAUGCGGGAUUCAUCGUACUGUCCAUGCUGGGGAGGCCGGCCCGCCUGCCAUGAUCAAGGAGGCAGUUUAUCUCCUGAAGGCUGAGCGCAUUGGCCAUGGCUACCAUGUCCUGGAGGACCCUGAGCUCUACAAGGAGCUGUUGAGAGCAAAGAUGCAUUUUGAGGUCUGCCCUUGGUCCAGUUAUCUCACUGGAGCAUGUCUUCCGGACUUUGGGAAACACCCUGUAGCACAAUUUAGGAAAGAUCGCGCUAACUAUUCUAUAAACACGGAUGAUCCCCUCAUCUUUAACUCCAAUAUUGACAAGGAUUACAGCAUAGUGAAGGACUACAUGGGCUUCACGGAGGAGGAGUUCAAGAGAGUGAACAUCAAUGCAGCUCAGUCCAGCUUCUUACCUGAGAAAGAAAAGCAGGAACUGCUGGACACGCUGUAUGAAGCCUAUGGGAUGGUCCCCAACGCAUCGUGACCCAUCCCUGCAAGCCAGCAUGGAGUGGUCGCCCUUCUUCAUUCGUGCUUGACUCUCCUCUGUGCUAGUGGGAGCACCAGGAGAAGGUGCCCAGAGUUAGUCUCUAUUACUGGCACCCCUGUGUUAACCCUUACAGUGCUAAGCAGAAUCAGACUAUCACAUACACCUACUUAUCACCCCCAUGAACUGUCUCCCAAAUGGAUAUUCAGCUUCCUAUCUUGCUGUUGUGCAAGCAGACUGACAUGCCUCCUGGCCUGACUCCCUUCUCCAUCUGCCAGUCUUUCUGUACGGCAAAUGAGAACAGAAGAACCUCCCCUGCCUUUUUUUUUUUUUUCUUCCCUUCUUCCCCUGCUUUAUCUGUCCUGCCCCACUGACCUGCCUAGCCCUCGUCUGCGGUGCAGAAAUAACCACCUUUAACUGUGACUGUGGCCUGCGUUAAUCUUCACCUUUCUAGGAAAAAGGUGUGUUUGUUAGUGCUGACAGGGAGUGAGCAGGCGCUUCAGAAACAGAGGCUUUCUUCCCAUCCAUGUGGGUAGGAGGGUUUGGCCACAGCUAUAUUUACCCAGGGUUAGUCUUGUACUAACAAGACUGGAACAAGAAGAAGCUGGAAGCCGGUGCUCUUGCCCGUGCACAGGUCUGAAGGGCAUUUUAAAAAAAAAAAAAUCAUUUUUUGGCAUCCUUUCUUGGACAAGGACUCCUGUGUAUCAGCCUCCCAAUAUCACUGCCACAGAAGCGCACACCUUGGGCUCAGGCUCCAGCUGUGCUCACAGCUGGCCAUGACCAUGCUCACACAUGCAUAGGAAGUUGGAACGUAUUUUUGCCAUUUUGGGCCAAAAUCUGCCUUCUGGGACUUUUCCCGGUUUUGUGCUCAUCCUGGAGAAUUCCUGUGAACUGCAGUUUGCUCUUCCUCUAUCUUUGUUUAGGACUUGGAAAAACCAUGAUCAAUUGCCUGUUUUAACCAUUCUGCCCUCUUCCUGACUUGACGUAAUCUUUAGGCACCAUUAAAACUGAAUAAGUAAAUUAAUAAGCUAGGGCCCAAUGUCACAUAUUGACUCAGGUCCCAUCUGAAUUGCUUCUCUCACUCAACCACAAUACUGGCUAGAAGUCAGAUCUUCAGUUUGGUGGAGAAUUUAUACAGAAAUAUUCACCAAAAUUCCUAAGCGAUUUUGGUGCAUUAUAGCGUUUUUACUUAAUAUGCAAUAGAGCUGUGCAUCCAGAGAAGAGACCAUCAUUUCUUAUGUGAGUGUGUGGUGUGCUUUAGCAUCCCAGGUGUCUGCCAAGAUGCUUACUCCAAAGAUACUGUACCAAAAAGUUGCCUUUGACAAGGGGCCGCGGUCACCAUUACCACGGACAGUGUGUGAGACUGGUUCAGUCUCAGCCAGCAGCGACCGCGUGCUGGGAGUAUUUCCAUUCUUUCUGGGCUUCCAUAUUUGUCUUCUGAGUAAAAUACUCAUCUCUGAAGUACUUGCUGCAUAUAUAGACACAUGUAUAUGUAUAGCUAGAUAGAUGGAUAUGAGAGAGUGACUUUCUUACUUUUAUAAAGCAAAUGAUAAAGCGUCACUUUUAAGAACAUGAUUGCGGUAAGAACCAGGCUUUUUUGGGUAAUUUUUCUCCAAAAACUGUUUCUGAAGAAGAGUUGCUUGUUUGGAUUCUGGACAGUUGGUUUUGUUAAUUCUGUUUAAUAAAAUAACAAA